AUGGAUAGCGAAUUUUAGGGAAAACAAAAUUUCAUUUAGAGCGUUUUUAAUCAUUAAGCUAUUGGAUUCGAUGUUGAUCAUUGUUUGAUUAGAUAUAAAAUAAAAGCAUUGACAAAGUUGUGCUAUAAAGUUAUUUGUUAGACAAUUAUUGACAAGCACAACUAUUCGUCCUCUAUUUUAGAUUUGACUGAAGCCGAGUACGGUUUUGCAUUGAAUUACUUAGUAAUUCAUAUAGACAAAGGUAUUGUUCUGCGAAUAGCAGAAAAUAAAGAAAUUAUUAAAUGCUAUAGAGGUUUCACAGAGUUAGAUGUUGAAACUGAAUACGGUCCUACUCGCAUGCUUUCAGAUGAUUUUGAUCCAAUUUCAUCUAUAAAGCAACAUCCUUAAUAUAUUGUAUGUGCUACCUAUUUUGAAAAUGUUAUACCUCUUAUUUUUGCAAAACUUACCUAAUACAAAUGCGAAAAACUUAACACAAUUUAGCUAGAUUAAAGUGAAUAUCACGCUAUUUUUGGAUAAAUUAUCGAGGGAUUGAAAAUGAAUUAUUAGCAUUUCGAUUAACACUAAGUCUUCCCAAUAAAUUAAUAUGGGAGAUUCUUCAGAUAGAUUAGCGAAAAUCCAUAAUUAUACAUGUUUAAGUAGAACUAAUUUAGAACCACACUUGAGAAUCUGAAGAGCCAAGGUAAAGUACUUUUUAUAGUAACUAACAGCCAUGUAGAAUUCAUGAAUCUUACUAUGACUUAUUCAUAUGGAGAGGAUUGGAUGAAUAUUUUCGAUUUCAUAUUUGUUAAAGGUGGAAAACCUGAGUUUUUUAAUAAUCCUAAUAAACAAACUUUUGUGCUUGAUAUGAACUAACCUCUUUUGAAAGGAUAAGCUGUAAAUCAAUUAAUGACAAAUUAAAAGAUAUAUGUAGAAGGAAACUAUACUCUAAUUGAAUAAUAUCUCAUGUAAAGAUUUUCUUCACUUGGCUAAAUACUUUAUAUUGGAGACCAUAUUAUGAAUGAUUGUUAUUUUACAUAAAAGUAUACUAACUGGGAUAGUAUCGCGAUUGUUGAAGAGUUAUUUGAGUAGCUAAAACCUGACAGUUAAAAUAGAGUUGAAGCUGAGUAAAAUAUAAUAUCCUACAGAUCUUAUUGGGGUAAUUAUUUAGAAUCUAAUGUUGAUAAUUAAACACUUAAAAACUAUUGGUUUUCUAUUGCAUGCAAAGAGCUUAAGGGAGUUGUUAGAACUUUAGAUUGUCUAUAAAACAAAUCUCUCUGGAACUGA